GAGUUUCGCGGGAGGACCUUGGCGCGUAAACCGUAUCCCUUCAUUCAUUGUCAGCAGCAGCUUCCUGGAGCCAUUUUUCAGCUGCCGGCCGCAGCACCCGGGCUGCCGCCACCGCCUCGCAAUCCGUUGCAUCGGCUGCCCCCGACGCCUCCAUCCCCCAUCGGGGUCUGAUAUCCGUGCGGCCGGGACCCUCCUCUCUCCAGAGCCCCGAUUAUUUUUGGCCCCGGGGGCCUGUUCGGUACGGAAAAAUAAAAAGAGAGAGAGAGGGGGCUCGGAAGCGCCGGGCUGGGAGGAGAGAAGGAGGAGAGACUUGGAAACUCCGACUGCAAAUAAUAAAAGAAAUUGAAAGCAAUAAAUUGACAUAUCGUAACACUAAAAAGAGCAGGAACGAGAGAUGAGAAAGGGGAUCCAGCCCGCCCUGGAGCAGUACCUGGUGACCGCCGGGGGUGGGGAGGGGGCGGCUGUCGUCGCCGCCGCCGCCGCCGCUGCAGCCUCCAUGGACAAAAGGGCACUGCUGGCCAGCCCGGGUUUCGCCGCCGCCACUGCCGCCGCCCCGGGCGCGUACAUCCAGAUUCUCACCACGAACACUUCCACCACCUCCUGUUCCUCCUCCCUCCAAAGCGGCACCCUCGCCGCCGGCCCCCUACUCCCCAGUGCCCCCGGCGCGGAGCCCACCGCCGGCAGCCUCCUCUACACCACGCCGCACGGACCCUCCGGCAGAGCCGGGCUGCUGCAGCAGCCACCAGCGCUGGGACGCAGCGGCGGCGGCGGCCCUCCGGCAAAGCGAAGGCUGGAGCUGGGUGAAAGCGGCCAUCAGUACCUCUCAGAUGGUUUAAAAACUCCCAAGGGCAAAGGAAGAGCUGCACUACGGAGUCCAGAUAGUCCAAAAACUCCAAAAUCUCCCUCAGAAAAAACACGGUAUGAUACGUCCCUCGGUCUGCUCACCAAGAAGUUCAUUCAGCUACUGAGCCAGUCACCUGAUGGGGUCUUGGAUUUGAACAAGGCAGCAGAGGUGCUGAAAGUGCAGAAGAGAAGGAUUUAUGAUAUCACCAACGUGCUAGAAGGCAUCCACCUCAUUAAGAAGAAGUCGAAGAACAACGUCCAGUGGAUGGGCUGCAGUCUGUCUGAGGAUGGGGGCAUGCUGGCCCAGUGUCAAGGCCUGUCAAAAGAAGUGACGGAGCUCAGUCAGGAAGAGAAGAAACUAGAUGAACUGAUCCAAAGCUGCACCCUGGACCUCAAACUGUUAACCGAGGAUUCAGAGAAUCAGAGGUUAGCUUAUGUUACAUAUCAAGAUAUUCGAAAAAUUAGUGGCCUUAAAGACCAAACUGUUAUAGUUGUGAAAGCCCCUCCAGAAACAAGACUUGAAGUGCCUGACUCAAUAGAGAGCCUACAAAUACAUUUGGCAAGUACCCAAGGACCCAUUGAGGUUUACUUGUGUCCAGAAGAGACUGAAACACACAGUCCCAUGAAAACAAACAAUCAAGACCACAAUGGGAAUAUCUCUAAACCCACCUCCAAAGAUUUGGCUUCAAACAACUCAGGACAUAAUGAUUGCUCAAUUUCUAUGGCAAACCUUUCUCCUUUGGCCUCCCCUGCCAACCUUCUGCAGCAAACCGAGGACCAAAUUCCUUCCAACCUAGAAGGGCCAUUUGUGAACUUACUGCCUCCCCUGCUCCAGGAGGACUAUCUGCUGAGCCUGGGGGAGGAGGAAGGCAUCAGUGACCUCUUCGAUGCUUAUGAUUUGGAAAAGCUACCACUGGUGGAAGACUUUAUGUGUAGUUGAUUGUGCUUUGUGUGAACUCUCCUUAUAUAAACCAAUAUUUUUUUAUCAUGGAACCAGAACAUCUGUCAUGCAGUGUUGUCCCUUCCUACUUUCUUCCUCCAAGAGAGUAUCAUGAAGUAAACUACAAGCUUCAGAACAAAGCUGACAUUUUAAUGCAUUUAGGAAAUUGGUCUAAACGCACAGUCGCAGGCUCCCUUGGGAAAGUCCUGCCUUGAUUCCAGGCUCCAAAUUCUCCUGGAUGAGUCAGCAAGUGAGAAAAUGUGCAAUCAGGUGUCUCUCACCUGUCCUUUUCCUUCCCUGCCUCCCUCCAUUCCUUUCCUCCCUCCCAGAUUGGCUUGCUGUGCCUGAUGGAUGGGCUGUAGAAUGGGGUCUGGCCAUCGGCCCACUGGAAAACAGCAAUCUUCCUUAAUAGCAUUUCAAGCCGUGCCUUCUGUGCAGAAUGCAUGUCUUUGGGGUCUGCUAAUAUGGAAUGGAACUGCAGCAAACGCAAACUUGAAGUCAUGCAAAAGUAUGAAAUGGAUUUCUUCAGCUCUUCUUAGGAAUAUUUAAAUUACUGUCCUGAUUCAGUUUAAGCUAUGGACUUUGUGUCCCAUGAGGGGGUCGUGAGAACCUCCACAGCCUUUCGGAUGAAGAACCUGUUUUGUUUUUUAUUUUUCAAAUCCUUGUUGCAGAUACAGAAGACUAGUAGAGUUCUGCCACUCGAAGCUGUUGUGGAUUUUCCUGUCUCCAUAAACCACUUCCACUUCCCUGUCCCCGAUGUAUUUGUGAGUUUCUGAUUGAUUUGUAGCAAAUGCCUACUUGGGAGUUCCUUGUGGAUUGUUUUCGACUUUUUCCUUUUUUUUUUUUAAGCUGCCAUUUAAGCAUUCCUGUGGCACCCAUCACCAUUUCAAUUUAAUUGUUUACUUUCAAGUGGGUUUUUUUUGCAAAUUCAGAUUCUUUUAGCAGAGGGAGAGAACCUCUACUGAUCAGAACAUCUUAAACCUGUGUGACCCAAGGUCUACCAGCCUCCGCAAGAAGCAUCAUCCUACCUUGCUUCCUUUCACAGGAAGGGAGCUUGGAGCGAGUCAGCUCUGGAGCUCACUUGUAAUGGGUGGCUCAUUGCAAAGGAUUAACAGGUCAGAUGACAAAAAAAAAAAAAGCAGUCCCAAGGAACAGCCAGGCAUGGACCCCUCCAUCCUUGGGCUUCCCGGGCCCCUGUGACCGGGGAAAGGGCUCUUAUGCCAUACUCAGGGAGACCACUUCUCAGGAUGGGUUCAGAUGGAGAGGCCUCUAGGGAGAAAGACAUCCCAUUGUGUGAGUGGCAUUCUAUCAUGGCACUUCCAUAAGCUAGAAAGAACAGGGAGCUCCCACUGUGUUGGGAGUGGAAGACUCCUGGCCCCAACCCAUUCCCCCUCCACUAUGAAGGAAGUCAGAAGAUAGAAAAUGAAGUGGAUAUGCCAGGGCUUCUCCUCCUUCACUCCUCAGGAAUGGUAUCCCAUGUUGGAGGCUUCACCUAGCGUCAGAUCUUACCAGUGACAUCCAAGAAUGUCAUUCCCACUGGCAGGUGGCGAUGGCCAUCUUCCCUGGGAGUAUGGCAUGGUACCUCAAAUCCAUUUCUUGGAUGCUAAGGGCUGCGGAAAUGAGGGAGUCAUGAAAUCUCCAAAUGAACGGUUGAAUUGAAAUGCUAUGUGCCUGGCCCAUCGCCGUGGGGGGUGGGUGGGGCAACGCGUAGUAGGCACCCGACUCAUACUCGUUAAUCGAAAAUGUCCCCUUAGGAGAAAACAUUUUUACUAAACCACAAGAACCCCGGCCAGUUUACUCUAGUUAGAUUUCCACAAUAUGCAAAGUGGUGGUGGGGUCGAGACAGAUGACACCAGCACUUUAAACUCUGUGUGUGGGUAUGUGUGGUGUAUGUUUGGGAAGAAAAACAAAGGUGCAGACUAUCUUCCUCUCUCUUCUUCAGCCUCCAUCCCCAGCCUCCUCCCCUCAUACACACUGGACUUGGUACAAAAUAUCCGUGUGGUCCCGAGCUAAAGCAUUGGGGUGGAGGAGGGAGGGGGAGCUUUGUGUUAAGUGCCUACUGGAAAUGCACUGUGGGGUUUUUUCCUGUAUGGGAAACCAUUUAUGCCAAGCUUUUCCCCCAUUUCCCAUAUUUAUCUCAUCUGGUUAGCUGCCUCUGCUUCCAGCUUUGUGUGAUUCUCAUUGCCAGCUGCACAGAGCUGAUGUUUUUCCAAAGUCUAAAAACUGAGCUCACCUGGCUAGGUUGUUGUGUGUUUUGUUGAUCUUCUCGAACCUUUUCGUAAUAUAAAUGCCAUAUUUAUUAUUUUAAGAAAUGAAAGGAAUACUAAUAAGUCUUAAAAGUUCCUUCAAGCAUAAAGUGUUUUGUUGUUUUGUUUUGGGUUUUUUUUUGCUAUUUUGCAGUUAAUGGGCUUAUCUGGUGUACAUUAAUUACUCGUCCAUACUGUAUUCUGUUCAUGUUAGGCAUUUCUUUUUCCCAUAAUAUCUGGCACACGAAGUGGGUUAGUAGUACUACAGUAUUUGUGCCACUUUGAGUACUAAGUAUGCAGGUUUCCUGGUACCAUUGAGUUGCUGCUAUUAAAGCUCACACAUGAAAUGGCUAUAAGUUACAAGUGUGCAAAUGAUGACUGCGUGAGCCUUAGAAACUAAAAUGUAUAAAGAGCAACACAUGAGCUGUCAAACAGCGUUAGGUGUGUGUUUAUAUGUACAGAGCUGUGCAUAGCAGUCAUUUUAUUUAAGUUGAUAAUGUAGUCUAUUCACAUUUUCAUUAUUUAGCAAUUUUGUACAAAAAAAUAGCAAUUAAUUUGUAAACACUGCCAGAAUAUUUUGUAGCUGGUUUGUAAUUUUUUAAGAGUGUUAACUUUGGUUUUGUUUUUUGGGUUUUUGUUUUUUGUUAGUGUUGUCCUUGUUGAUGUUGUUGUGGUUCUUGUUUUCAUUUUGUUGUAUGUGUAGAUCUGUAAAUAGAACUGCAGUAUUUAAAGCUUUAGCUUUCUGGAAAAAGGAAGUAAGAACUCUGGGCAUGACAGCUUGUGUGGGUGAGAAGGAAGGGUUUGAAGGAAGACGCCUUUCAGAGUAAGUCGAGUGGCAAUUGUCAGGUGUGGGAAUUUCUUAUAUUUCCUGCGGGGUACAUGAUUUUGUAAAAAGGAAGUAUUUCUCCCAAGAUUGGGAGUAGGCAAACUACUAAUCAGUUUAGCUUUGUGUUGUAUGCUAGUUUAAAAAAAAAUAGAAAAAAAGGAAAUAUGUAAUAUAAUGUAAAAAAAAAAAAGCUUUUAUGAUGGAUUUUGUAAAUAGAUUUGUUACAGGGCAACCUGUUCUCUAGCUGUGAUCUUACCACUUCAAAUGGAUGUAAUUUGAAUAAAUUUUGUAUGGUAAAGGAUCAAUAAAAAGAUUUUUUUUAAGA